UUUUUUUAAUUUAAUUUUAAUUUUAAUUAUAAUUUGGAAUAAUUUUAAAAAGAAAAAUAUAAAUUUUAAGUAAUUCGAUAUUUUUAAAUCACAAUUGUAUUGUGAGAAACAUAAAUACUUGGAAUUUCAAGUAUUAAACGGAUACAAAAAUGAUAAAAUGUAGUAAGUGAUAAAGUAGUUUUAUAACUUAAUGGAAAACGCGUUGGAGCGUUUCAUAUCACUGGCGCCGAAGGAUGUAAUAGCUCUGCUAUGUAACUUUUUGGACUUUUCAGAGUUCCUGAGCCUCAGCUCAGCCUCUAGACCAAUACGCGCCUCACUAGUAAAUCACCACCUCUUUUGGUUCGACUAUUAUACAAAAAAUGUAAACUACAGACUGUACAAUGAUAGUAGUAAUGAGUUGAACGGAGUGGAAAGAAGCUCAAAUAAGUAUCAAUUAAAAAUGCCAAUAAUUGAUAAUAUUACCCAGGGAACGGAUCCCAUGAGUAGAUUAUUAAACUCGGCACGAAAAGUUGAGAUUAUGAAGAGUAAUAACACAAUUUCAUCAAACCCAAUGCUUAAUUUGGGAAUAUUGGAUAACUUCAAAAGGUCAAGAUGGAAGGGCCAAUAUAAACAAUAUGUAGAACAAUUAUCUAAAUUUAUAGGCAUUAACAGCUUAAAUAGUGCCUUGAUAGUACAUUCACUGGGUUCUAACCCUUUCUUAAUAAUAUCCUCUUCGCAGUUUAACCCGCUUAAUACUGUAUAUAAUCGAUACAACACACCAACUAAAUCAUAUAACAAUAUGUAUAAUAACGGAUAUGACAGUAUAUACAGCAUAUGCGGAUAUGAUAUAAACGAAGAUAAGUUAAUAUAUAGUAAUGUAAACGUGGCUUUGAAGGAGAUCAGAUAUGAAGUCAAGUUGUGCACCUGGUUAAGAUUUGAUGAUUCAAGUUAUUCACCAGAUUCAUCCAUUAGGUCAAUGUCGACACGACUAGGAUAUGUUCCAAAAGUUCUAGUCAUACUGUGUAAUACUAAUAGUGGAGUCGACAAGCCUAAUAGGCUUAAGGUAAAGGCUGGAAAGAGAGCAGUUGUAGUGUUAUUUUACUACUAUGAUGAGGAUUCUGGAUUUAUCAAUAUACCCUCAAUGACAAUUAAAAUGCAUAUUAACAACAUUAAUUCAGAUGAUAUGCCUAACAGCCUAGUAAUUGACACGGUUAGUAGUUUGGAUGUUUAUGGAUCACUCGGGUAUUGGGACGCCCGUGAGAUAAUAUUCAAAAAAUUGAACCUUUUUGUGGGAACAGGUUCAGGAGUCAUAUACCACAGAGCAGUUGAGAAUAACUUUAUAGCACUGGAAACCAGCGAACGUAUAACAAACCACGAGAUUACCUCACUAAGAUACGUAUCCACACAGGGGAAAUCAAUCCUGAUUGUGUUUAGCUAUAAUAACUUCCUAGGCUUGGUGGAUGUGUCAACUUGUACUUGGCACUUGUUGGAUUGUGUAAACGAUUCAGUUGUUGCCUUUUCAGUAGAUACUGCCAACUGCCUCCUGGGGUACUCACUCUCACACAGUAAUAAGGUUAACUUUAUUGAUUUUUACAACUUUACUCACAAGGCCCAAUACUUGGUUCCGAAGCCUCCAACAGCACUGUUGGCACUUGAAAGACAUUCAAAGUGGGCAGUUAUCAUCAAGAACUAUAUUAGGAUCUUGAUUAUUGAGUUUGGUGCAGAAUCCACUAACGGAGUUAAUGGCACUCAUAACACCCUUUCAAAUAGUGUUGACUCUGUGAAUAAUUCACAAAAUAAGGGGGAUUUGAGAAUAAAGUCAGUAAGCACGUUGAACGGCCAUGUGGGUGAGAUAAGAGAGUGUGUACAUGACGGCUGGUCAAAGCUAGUGACCAUUGACAAUCUGCACAACUUGUUUGUCUGGGAUUACACAGCCUGUUGUAAGAUAUUUUCAUUUUCUCUAGUUUCAGAUUUUGAUAAAUCCUUCAACCACUUAUAUUAUAGCCAGGAUGCCGGAUUAGAAACUCCUUAUAAUGGCUAUCAUACUCCUAAUACAGUGUAUACUAAUAGUAGGAACGGAUCUAAUACUGUGUAUGUGAGUAUUAGAAACACUCCCGUUCAAAACAGCUCUAGAAAUACACCUGUGUAUAAUAGUACCAGGGAUAGUGCUAGUACUAGCAGAGAAAGCUCUCGAAUCGAGUACAAGAUAUCCCUGAACGUGAUGAACAAAUUCGCCUCUAAACCGGAAAUCAAGGAUGCAAUUGACGAUUAUCUGUACUCCUACGAGUCUGAUAACGACUGUUCUCCGUAUUCCUCUAAGGUGGAGAAAACCCCUUCAAGGGGGAUCAAAUAUAAAAACUCAGUCCCAGCCUCUAGUAUCAAGGGCCUCUUAGACCCCAAUAAAAAGGGACAAAAGUACUGCGUGGAUGUAUCAGUACAUUCACUAGUCAUAUAUUACCAAUCUUGUAAUACAUUACAGGUUUUCUCUUUCAAAUAAUUUUUUAGACUCUCU